AUGUUAUCGUCCACCCAAAGAAUGGAAAUGGGUAUCCUAGCGCCCCACUUGUCCCAUAAUGCUGUCAUUCCACACUUGACGGGGAUUACUCCAGUUCACUUCGAGUACGGCGUCAUUAGGCCCGGAAAGGCCUCGAUGAUUCGCGAGCUCGUGGAAUCAUCACUCUCAUCAAUUGCUGUAUCGGCACUGAAUGCUCUGAAGUGGCCACUCGAUAGGAUUGCAUCGAACAAUUACAAGAGCAGAGAAGACGGAGACUCCUUGGCUCUCAGAGUAGCAGACGGAUUACUACCAGUAAUGGAGCUGCAGCUCCACCUCCAUCUCCAUUCAAAUUCCCAUCCAUUUUCAAAGCCCAUAAUUCUCCCCAAAUGCCCCUCAAUCUCCACAUUCUUUGUUCCAAUUUUCCCGGGGUGGCGGGAGAAACACCCAAGACUAUUAUUGGCACUGCCACUCUCCCAGAGACCCGCGGCGGCGGAGAUGACACUGGAGCAGCCCGGAGGCAAGAUGGUGGUGGAGCUGGUGGGAGCCUUCAACGAGCUUACUGAGAGAAUGAACAAAACUGUACUCUCCACUAGUUCGUCCAGGUUGCUCUUCAAGGUCCUCAAGCUCUCCAUUCCCCUUCUCCACACUCUCCCGCCCAACUCUCACGGCCGCUCUCCUCUUGAAAAGGCCUUGUCUGUUGCUGUCAUCCUCGCCGAUCUUCAGAUGGAUGCUGAAGUUAUUUCUGCUGGAAUACUGAGAGAAGGUCUAGAGAGAGGUGCCAUAUCCAUAUAUGAAGUGAAGGAUCGUAUUGGCAUUGGCACAGCUCAUCUAUUGCAUGAAAGCAUGCGUUUAAAGAACAUUUCUUCUAAAGUGGAAGCACUAGAUGAUGAGAGUGCCUCUGCACUGAGAAAAUUUUGCCUGACAUACUACGAUAUCAGGGCUAUAAUUCUAGACCUCGCUCUAAAGCUCGAUACUAUGAGACACCUUGAUUAUCUCCCCAGGUACAAGCAGCAAGUAAUCUCUCUUGAGGUUAUGAUGAUAUAUGCUCCAUUAGCACAUGCCAUUGGAACCAAAAUUUUAUCCCUGGAACUGGAGGAUCUCUCAUUCCACUACCUUUUUCCCUGUUCCUUCCUUUAUGUUGAUGCAUGGUUGAGGAGCCAUGAGACUGGAAGUACACCUUUAAUAGAUAUAUACAAGGAGCAGCUGCUUCAGACCCUAAGAUCUGAUCCAUUUUUAGCAGAAACGGUAGAAAAUAUAUCUAUUGAAGGCCGUUAUAAAAGUCGUUACAGUACCAUGAAGAAACUAUUGAGAGAUGGACGUAAACCUGAGGAGGUGAAUGACAUUUUAGGAUUAAGAGUAGUAUUAAGUCCUGCAUCUGGAUUGAAUUCAUCCAAAGCUGGGGAAAAAGCAUGCUAUAGGGUACGAGAAAUCAUCCAAUCUGUAUGGAAAGAAUUGCCAAGUAGGUCUAAAGACUAUAUUGCACGUCCCAAGGCUAAUGGGUACAGAAGUUUACAUAUGGCUGUUGAUAUUAGUGACAAUUGUAAAUCAAGACCACUUAUGGAAAUACAAGUACGUACAGCAGAGAUGGAUAUGAUGGCCGCUGGUGGAACUGCUUCCCAUGCAUUGUACAAGGGUGGUCUCACAGAUCCAGAAGAGGCAAAGCAUCUUAAGGCGAUCAUGAUGGCUGCGGCUGAACUAGCUGCAUUGCGUCUUAAAGAUCUUCCUUCUGGAAAUCCAGUUGGGCUUGAAAUUGAUCAUAGAGAUCGGGUUUUCUGCCUUCUUGACAAAAAUGGAGAUGGUAAAAUCAGCAUUGAGGAACUUAUGGAAAUAAUGGAAGAGCUUGGUGCUCAAGGGGAUGAUGCCCGGGAGAUGAUGUGCAUCCUUGAUUCCAACAGUGAUGGUUCUCUAAGUUCAGACGAGUUUGAUUUAUUCCAGAAACAGGUUGAAUUGAUGCGUAAUUUAGAAGAUAGAGAUGCUCAAUACAAGACUCUUUUAAAUGAAAAGCUUGAAACGGCAGAUAGCAGUGGGUUGAUUCAGGCAUACACUAAAGAACUUGGGGACAGACUUGCCAUGAACUAG